UGCAUGCUCAUAAAGACCUCAAACCGCUUCCUAACAUUAAACAAUCGUUACUGGUCUAUAAUAAGACUUGGUGUUUCAAUUUGCAGAUGUCCUUGGCGAGUAAUAUGAGUGACUUAAAGCCCAAGCUUGCCUUCUCAUUUCUUCAGCGGAAAAAGCAACUAGUUUAUAAUCCUAAAGUUACAUCUUUGGAUGCAAAUAAUGGCGAAGUUACUAUUGAAGAGAAAAAGGAAUUCAUCACAUCAAUUGAAGAUAAAAUAAUGCAUGUAUAUGUGUGUUGUUAAUUUAUCACUUUAGUUGUUCAACUGCAAAAAAGGAAGAGCAACUUGUCAUACCAUUAAAGCGUAGUAAAAGCAGCUUCCAGGAGCGGAUGAGAAAGAAUUUCUUGCCAGCUGAGUCCUUAGACCCCCUCACGCUUCAGGCGUUGCAAGAAAUUAAGGAAGAGAGCCAAGCAUUUUCAAGUGAUUCACAAAAUGUUCAUGUAAAUUAUGAUCUUAAAAUACCUGCCAAUAGUUCUGAAACCACCGAGGAAACUGAGAAUGCAAACUAUGAUGCUAUCCCUAUUGAAAAGUUUGGUGUAGCUCUCUUGGCUGGAAUGGGUUUUGACCCAAAAUCUCUUGAUAGCUCUAAAAGAGAGGUUUUACUACCUCAGCGACCAAAGGGACUCGGGCUAGGCGCAGACCCGACUGCAGUUCAAGAUGCUAAACAAGAAUUAUUGAAAUCUAAAAUAGAAAAACUAACAUGGGACCCCGGAGCGCGUUGUCAGAUCGUAUUAGGAAAAAACAAGGGUCUUUAUGGCACGUUAGAAGGACUAGAUGGAGACACUGGUCGUGUGAUUAUUAGAUUAAAAGUUUCGAAAGAAGCAGUCACGGUACUUCAACAUACUGUCCGUUUGGUUCCUAUCAAAGAAUAUGCUGCGUACUCAAAUUGUAUAAACCAAAAUCAAGUUGAUGAAUACAAAGCACGCGAAGCAGAACAGUUAUUACUGAAAUCUAAUCAUAAUUCCGACUCUGACCCGCUGGGAUCAAAAUCGACUAGAUAUGAACAAUCGACACAUAGUGACUCUAUUCGUAAAACAUCGAAUAUCUCGAAAGAGGAUAAGCCACUUAAAUGUGAACCAAAUAGACCAUCUGGUGGUAUAUCUUGGUUAAGACCGAAAUUAAUUGUUCGAUGUUUAGAUCGAAAUUAUUGUGGUGGAAAAUAUAAUAAAGAGAAGUUAAUUAUUAUUUCUAUCGACGGUAGUCGAUGCAGCUGUAAAACAGAAUCUGGUCAGAUAAUCGAAGGUCUUCCUAUAAAGCAUUUACAAACAAUUAUACCGCAUGAAAUGAAUUCAGUUUUAAUGAUUGUAAACGGAGAAAGAAGUGGUCAGCGUAGAAAAUUCGUUCAUUAUGUAAUGUUUAUCAGUUAUUGUUAUCUGAUUUUUGCUCUUGGUUAAACUAAAUAUACAAAGCUACCAUAAAUUAUUGCUAUAGGCCGUCUACCCAAGCACAAUUUUCUAACCGGUAAGCUGAGAUCUUGUGGCUGACUGGCUCUAUCUUCACUUCGAUUGAAUAUUAUAUAUUUCAAUGCCCAUUCUUAGACGAUGAAUUUUAUAAUUUUCGUAACCGUGCAUUAUUCACCAGGUACAAUAUAAAUGUUACAAAUAGUCCGAAAUAAAUCCUAUUUUAAUGUAACAUAGUAUUGUUAUAACAAUUCCUUAAUCCUUUCAGUACUUUGUAUUUUUUUUAACUAUCCAUCCGCCACUAAGAAACUUACUUACGCCUGUUACCCCUCGUGGAGGAGCAUAGGCCGCCCACCAACACUGUUCAUCCAACCAUGUCCUAGGCAAUCCUCUCCAGCUGCUAUAUCCUAUUCAUGUCUGCUUCUAAUUCCUGACAUUGUGUGUUCUUUGGCCUUCCUCUUUUCCGUUUCCCUUCAGAAUUCCAUGUUAGCGCUUGCCUCGUGAUGCAGUUUGGUGAUUUGCGUAAUGUAUGUCCUAU